GCAUUGGGUGCAGGGGAAGCCAGGGGGUGCAUGCCCUGGUGUCUCCUGUAGGUUGUUGUGUCCUCCCCAGACAUGGGGGCAUCAUUGGAGCAUGGGUCCUUAGGGAGGGGGUAGGAGUUGGGCAGCAGCAGGAGGAGCACCAAUGGUUUCCGUGACCUGAGGAAGUCUGGAAAGUACUGACAGUGUUCCUGCUUCAGGUUUGCUUUACAGGAUUAGAAGCUCAAAGAUUGAGUGAUAGUGAGCUCAGGUGUGCCAAUGCCUCUUCUGAGCCCAGAGCUACAGGUUAGUUUCUCACUGCCUGAGGACAGAUGAAGAGAAAAUGGGAAGAAAAACUGAAGAAGAUUGAAGAACUAGAAUCUCAAUAUAAAAGAAACCCACUUUGCUCAGCUUAUAGGCCAAAGCUGUCCAAACCAUGGCAACCAUCCUCUGUUUGGAAAAUAUUUCCCCGACAAGCUCAAGCUUUUGACUAUGUAAAAACCUGCAAAGAGGAAGUGCAUGUAUUUGCAUUGGAAAAGAACACUGAAGACGGACAAAGGUUUUACCUUGUGACAACAUAUAUUGAGCUUUGGUUCUAUUAUAAAGGUCAGAAAUCAAGUCUGUUUCAUUGUUAUGAAGUAAUUCGUGAGAAAGCUGUUUGCAAACUUUAUUUUGAUUUGGAGUUUUAUAAACCAGUGAAUCCGGGCGCUGAUGGCAAAAUGAUGGUUGCACAGUUAAUUGAGCUUUUUUGUAAAAAUCUUGAAGAACGUUAUGGAGUUAAAUGUUCUGCUAAUGAUGUCUUGAACUUGGAUUCCAGCACUGAUGAAAAAUUCAGCCAUCAUUUAAUAUUUUUACUCCAUAAGACAGCAUUUAAGGAUAAUAUACAUGUUGGUAAUUUUGUGAGAAGAGUUUUGCAGCCUGCUCUUCGGUUAACUAAGACUAAAGCUGCUGCUGUGAUUCCAGAAGAGGAGAUAGGUCAUGUUUUCCAGUCUUCCAAAGCUACAGCUGAAUUAAAUGGUUCUCCUGUUAAUUCUGUAGCAGUAACAAAUGCUUCUGGGAGUUGGCAGUCUUGCACGUGCAAAACGCUGGACACUGAGACUUCACAACAGAAGGAAAAAUCAGAAUUUUCCUUUCUGGUAGUAAAUGAUAAAGAUGGAGGCAGCCAACUUUUUGUGGAUAUGGGAGUUUAUACAAAGAAUAGAAACUUUCGGCUGUAUAAAUCAUCAAAAUCUGGAAGACACGUGAUUUUGGAAAUAGCAGAGGAUAACAAGUUUGUGCCUAAACUCAAAGAGAAUAUUUCUGUUGAAGAGCAGUAUUUCCUUUCCUCUUUGGUCUGCAACAUUAGGUCCUCAGACAUUGAAAAAAUUCUAACCUGUGACAACCCAGAUGAGAAGAGAGGCACAUCUAUGCACUUAAGUAGUAAUAUUUCUAGGAGCCCUUCAGUUUUAACAGAUCCCAUAGAAGGAUAUCAUUAUUCUCCCUAUCCUGAGGUUGACCGCUUUGUCCUUUCUUUAGUUAAUAAAGAUGGUGUUCAAGGAGGGAUACGACACUGGAAUUAUUUUUCCCUGGAAGAACUUCUUGUUUAUGACAUUUCCAGAUAUCGCUGGUGUGAAAACAUUGGAAGAGCUCACAAAAGCAACAACAUAAUGAUCCUGAUAGAUCUAAAAAGGGAAGUUUGGUAUCAAAAAUGUCAUGACCCUGUUUGCAGAGCGGAAAACUUCAAGUCAAAACGGUCUCCAUUACCACCUGAGAUAUGCCUCCCAUUUCUCUUCAAAGAGGAAGAAGAAUAUGUAUUUAUGGAUGAAAGUGGUAACAAAAAAGAAAAAGUGGAACUAUCUUCAAACCCUCCAGACUUCUCAGAGAGCGUACCACUAAGAAUAUUUCAAGACAACAGGAAGUCUUUUGGCAAACUGUGCUCAAAUACAGAAUGGCACAAUGCAAGUGAUGAUGCCUGUUUUCUGGAAGCUACUGAGGACAUCGAACUAGCUGAAGCUGCAGAUAAUGGUUUGACCACAUGCAACUACAACCUGGAAGAAAUACCUGAUGAACUCCUACUGGAGGCUGAGAAAACUUGGAAACAUGCUAACCAGUAGCAACAAGCUUGGCUUAUCUACUAAGACAUCACAGUUGACCACAACUAUGUUCUAAUGCCAUAAGUCCUAUUUACAGUAACUACUUUUCUGCCUCUAAAAGUGUAUACUUAAACUUAUCAGCUGUACUUUCACAUAAGCAAUUUAGAUAAACAUUCAAGAACCAAGUGCAAGUAUGGCUUAAUAGGGAUGUAGCCUUCUGUUGCUGCUUUUAUAUCUCACUUGGGUUGAGUGGCAGACCAAUCACAUGGAGAUUCUGGGCCUACAUAUCAAGCAGGUAAUUUCAUUCCCUCAACAUAGUGGCACAGCACAAACUCAUCCCCCCUCCAGUUGUCAAAUACAAAGACCAAGACCACAGCUGUGAAAACAAGACUACCAUCUUACUUCCCAAGAAGAGGGUGUCAUUGGACAGAGAAAGCACAGUGGAAUAUCCAUGCAGGCUUAUUUGUUCCCAGGAUAGGUUUAAGAUGGGGCAUGAAUUUAAAAUAAAACACAAAGUGGCAAGUAUAACAUUUAUAAAAGAAAAAAAAACACCAAAGAAAACUGGUGCAAAUAACAGUCUUACUGGGAUCUAGAGUGAGGUGACAUGUUAUAACCAAUGUUUAAAAGUUCUGGGGUUUAUUGUGUUUACUCCCUUCAAGGAACAGGAAGAAUCACUAAUCAAAAGCUUAUCUAAAGCAAUGAAGAAUACCUUUCUCAGAUGACAAAAGCAAUUCUAUUAGAUUUAAGCAAUGAAACAAAAGGACACGUGCAAUGUUUUAAACUAUUUUUAUUCAUCUACAGGUGGUGAUGACAGAAAUUUAUCAGAUCACUUGUGCCCUUUGCCAUCCAUCUCUUAGGAGGCAAUCUUGUCUACUUUACCUGGAAAUGGUCCUCAGCAAGUUUUAUUAUCAAGUCAACCUGUGUAUAUAAUGUCCAUUGUUAACCCUUUAGACCAAGGGUGGGCAAUUAUUUGGGCUGAAGUGGAAUUUAAGGAGUCUUGGUGAGUUGUUGUGGGCUGGGGGAGGGAAAAGGAGAGCAACUGAUCUUACCUGGCCCUGGGCCUAUCUACCCCACACCCACCAGAUGGAGCAGGUGCGGUCUCCAUAGAGACUGGCCUGGAACCCCCACAGGCAGGGGCCACUCAGCCUGACAGACAGGAUGGGGCCACAGACAGGUGGAGGUCAGUGUCCAGGAGUGGGGCAGAGCCAUGAUCUGCUUCCCUGCAUGUGCCUGUGACAGGCACUGGAUCCACAGGAAGGGACGUACAAGGAGCAGAUCGCAGCUCUGCCCUGGGCCCUGGCCCUGUGCUGUCACUGCCCCACAACCUUGGCCUCACCCACCUGUCCCACUCCUGGAUGCUGCUCCCCACCUGCCUGUGGCCCCAUCCCAUCUGCCCAGGCUGGUCAUAAUAAAGUAUCCACCUUCUCUGUCCAGCACCCUGGUAAUAGGUUCAUGGCAGACAAGCAGCAGGGCUAGAUCUGGCAGCAGAGACACUGGCAGCAGCUCGCCACUACACCCCCACCCUACCCUACUACACGCUUGGGGGCAGUGAGACCAGCCACACAUGCCACAGCUUGGGCUGCCCCCUAUGGCUAGGCAGGGCCCAUGGACCUGCUGUGGGCCAGAUACAGCCCCUGGAAUGUAUUUUGCCCACCUCUGACUUACUCUUCAAGGAGUUACAGUACUAAUUUACUGGAAAGCAAGUUUCAUUCAUUGACUCAUCCUGAGAAAUUUGUGAUAAGAUUCAGUGUAGCUUAACUAUGUCAAAACGCCUUGCUGGACCUGGUCCUGGCCACGGGGGGGUGACCUGGUGAGGGGGCUGCAGGUCCUUGACCACCUGGGCAACAGCGAUCAUCACCUGCUGGAUUUCAUUAUCCAACGCAGGGCGUCUAAGGCUGACACCAAGGCUAAAGCCCUUGACUUCAGAAGGGCCAACUUCAAUGAACUUAGGAGACUAGUGGGGGAGGCACUGAGGGCCCAGAAGGUAGAGAUGGGAGUCCAUGAGGGAUGGUCCUACCUUAAGGGGGCGAUCCUCCAGGUCCAAAGGAUAACAGUCCCUGAGAGAAGCAAGUGGGGUAAGAGUGCUCAGAAACCCCCUUGGCUCAGCAAGGGCAUUCAGGAAUGCCUGAGGACUAAAAAGGGGGCGUACAACCAGUGGAACGGGAGGAACUAUCACCAAGGAGGAGUACUCCUCGGCUCGGGAGUGUAGGAGGGCUAUAAGGAAGGCCAAGGCAGAGAUGGAACUCAGGCUAGCGUCCAGGAUUAAGGACAACAAAAAGUCCUUUUUCAAGUACAUUGGGAGCAAGAAGAGGGCACCAGGCAAUGUAGGGCCCCAGCAAGAUGUAAACGGUAAUCUUGUGGCUAUGCCAGACAAGAAAGCUGAUAUUUUUAACAGUUUCUUCGCCUCUGUUUUCUUGAACAGGGACUAUCCCACCUACCAGAGGUAGGGACAAUCUUGGGGAUAGCUCUGUCAAGCCUUCAGUCAGCACAGAUGUAGUUCGGGAUCUUCUGGAAGGGCUAGACAUUUUUAAAUCUGCAGGUCCAGAUGCCCUCCACCCAAGGGUGUUGAGGGAGCUGGCAGGGGUCAUUGCGGAGCCCUUGGCCCGGCUGUAUGAGCAUUUGUGGUCAUCUAGCCAGGUGCCAGGGGAUUGGAAACCGGCUAAUGUGGUCCGUUUUCAAGAAGGGGAGGAAGGAGGACCCUAUUGGCCUGUAACCCUCACCUCGGUGCUCGGGAAGAUCUUGGAGAGAAUCAUCAAGGAGCACAUCUGUGGGGGGCCUGCAGGGGAGAUCAUGCUCAGGGGCAAUCGGCAUGGGUUUAUCAAAGGCAGGUCCUGCCAGACCAACCUGAUUGCCUUUUAUGACCAAGUAACUAAAUCCUUGGAUGAUGGUGUCACUGUGGACAUAGUCUUUCUCGACUUUAAGAAGGCCUUUGACACUGUCUCUCACCCCAUCCUCAUCAAUAAAUUAAGUGACUGUGGCAUUGAUGCCUGCACAGUUGGAUGGGUAAAAAAUUGGCUGAUGGGGCGCACCCAGAGAGUAGUGGUGGACAGGAUGUACUCAACCUGGCGAGAUGUGAGAAGUGGGGUACCCCAGGGCUUGGUCCUUGGGCCCGCACUGUUUAACAUCUUCAUCAGCGACUUGGACGAGGGGGUGGAAAGCACGCUGUCCAAAUUUGCUGAUGACACUAAGAUGUGGGGCGAGGUGGAUACACUUGAAGGGAGAGAAAGGCUGCAACUGGAUUUAGACAGACUACAAAAGUGGGCAGAUGAGAAUAGGAUGGGGUUCAACGUAGAUAAAUGCAGGGUGCUGCACCUUGGGAGAAGGAAUCCACAGCAUACAUACAGGCUGGAGAGUUCCCCUCUUGAAAGCACAGAGGCAGAAAGGGAUCUUGGAGUCAUUAUUGACGCCAAGAUGAACAUGAGCCGCCAAUGCCAGACUGCAGCCAGCAAGGCCAGCCAUACCUUGUCAUGCAUCCAAAGGUAUAUCUCAAGCUGGUCCAGAGAGGUGAUACUCCCCCUCUAUGCGACUUUGGUCAGGCCGCAGGUUGAAAUACUGCAUCCAGUACUGGGCACCACACUUCAAAAGGGAUGUGGCCAGCUUGGAGAGGAUUCAGAGGAGGGCCACCCACUUGGUGAGAGGGCAGCAGGACAGGCCCUCUGAGGAGAGACUGAAGGACCUAAACCUGUUCAGCCUCAGCAAGAGGAAGCUGAGGAGGGACCUGGUGGCUGCCUACAAGCUCAUCAGGGGAGAUCAACAGCAAAUAGGCAGAGCCCUUUUCUCCCCAGCACCACCUGGGGUGACAAGGAACAAUGGUUAUAAGCUGAUGGAGAAUAGGUUUAGGUUAGAGAUCCAAGGCAAUAUUUUACAGUUAGGCAACCAAAAUCUGGAACCAACUUCCCAGGGAAGUGGUCCUCGCCCCUACCUUGGGCAAAUUCAAGAGGAGGUUGGAUGAUCACCUGUCUGGGGUCUUGUGAACCCAGCAUUCAUUCCUGCCUGUGGCAGGGGGUCAGGCUAGAUGAUCUGUUCAGGUCCCUCCUGACCCUAGCUACUAUGAAACUGUGAAAACGCUAAAGAAAACCACAGCUGCUCUUUAUGACUUUGAGUCUUCAGAACACUAUAGCUUUGCCUGCUAGAAAUGAAAAAACAGAAUAAACUAAAAACACAAGUUUAUUUUA